AUGACUUAUGAUUUAGGAUUUGUUGUGGUAAUAGUAAGAUCUGACAUAGCUACUGGUGUACGGGGAAGAAAAACGUUCGUCAUACUUGGAUGUGAAAGAGGGGGGAAAUAUCGGAAAUACAAAGCCGAUACGGUGGCUAGUGUCUACGGCACUCGUAAAUGUGAGUGUCCAUUUAGAUUAAAGGGUAAACCAUGUUUAGAUGGGGCCGAAUGGGUGUUGAAGGUGAUGUGUGGACAUCACAACCAUGAGUUGGCUGAAACUUUAGUUGGUCACCCUUAUGCUGGCAGGUUAAAUAUGAGUGAGCAGUCAUUACUGGUUGAUAUGACAAAGAUUCAUUCUACUGAGGCUUGGGAUGUGUUGAUGGAUGCAAGGGAAAAUCUGAUGGAUUGUGCUUAUGAAAGCUUGUUUGCUGAGUAUGUGAAUGGUCUUCAAUACGCGAGCAAUUCAUGGUCUUUCUUCUUUGAAUAUGUGAAUCAGACUUGGAUUAUUCUGUACAGUACAUACUUUGUAAAGUUCUGGACGAACAGAGUAAUGAAUUUAGGGAACACAACCACAAAUAGGGCUAAAUCUGCUCAUUGGAGCCUGAAGAAAGUUCUGGGCAAUAGUAUGGGUGAUUUGUGUUCUUGUUGGGAUAAUAUUCAUAACGUCGUUAUCCUACAACACAACAAGAUUAAAGCGUCAUUUGAAAGUAGUUUGUUGCUCACGAGUGACCAUUCUAGAGGCUACAGAUAUAGAAAACUUAUUGGGCAUGUCUCUCGAUAUGCAUUGGAUCUCAUUGCUAAGGAAUUGGAAAUAAUAUUGCAUUUCUCAAAUGUUGAAUUUAAUGAAACCGAGCCCCAGUUAUCCAUUAAAGAUGAGUUGAAACAAGUAGAAGAGCGAUUCAGUGAGGUUGACAUUGGCGGUAAAGUCACCAUCAAACAGAAGUUACUUGACAUUGUUUGUCCUACAUUGACAUCAAUGGUCUCUCCAUUACAUAAAGUCAAGAGAAAGGGUGCACAAAAAAGUAAAGUUCAACGAAGAGAAAGGGCUACUACGCGGGAUCCAUCAUAUUUUGAGCAUGUGGAUGUCUUUCAUUCAACCAUAGAAUCUUCAUCUGUGAGAAGUAAAUUACAAUCAAAGCCAAAAGCAGUAAAGAAAAGGAGAGUGCCAAUGAUAGACCAGUUUCAUUCUACUACUCAGCCCUUCAUUGUGGACGUUGUUGAUGUUGUGGCUGAUGGUCACUAUGGAUAUAGAUGCAUUGUUGCGUUGUUGGGACUCAGAGAAGAUUCAUGGCCCGUUAUCAGGAAUGAGUUGUACGAAGAACUUAGUGAAUGGUGUGACGCAAGCCUAGUAGGAGGCUUUGAUAGACUAGAAGAACUGAGGAACUCUUUGUUGGUGCAGUCACUGUCAGCGGCUAACAGGAACAAGUGGAUGACAUUACCAGACAUUGGUUAUGCAAUUGCUAACCGAUAUAACGUUAUUUUAGUGUGUAUGUCAUACUCUCAAAAUUAUACUAUUUUCCCACUACGUUCCACACCACCUUCUGAUAUAACUCAACAUCGCUUAAUUUGUAUAGGACAUGUUCAUGGAUGUCAUUUUGUGCAGGUUAAGCUACUAGAAGGUUAUCCAUUGCCCAUGGUGAAUAUCAUGUCCUCAACCCACUGUUAUCCGGAGGCACGAGUAUGA